AUGGUUGCCAAGAAGAGAAACCAACUAAGAACGAAGGCAGCGCUGCGACUUGGCCAACCAAAAGAUACACAAACCAGCGAUGCUACUAUACCACUGCAGCUGCCGGAAGACCCCAAGGCGUACCUACACCAGGCGCGUGAAUCAAAGAAAGACAAACUUCUGAGCAAGUCGCAGUCGUUUUUGGCUAAACUUCAAGAGAAGUCGUCUCUCAAUGGUGCAAUUUCAAAAUCUGCUUUAAGGCGUCGAAAACGGAAAAUUAGAGACCAAUUGAAGCCAAGAAUGGAAGAUCUUUUGGUAUCCCUAGAAGAGGACGGUGUUAAAGGUGCGACAGCGGAUUCAAGUGAUGCCAGCGAUGAUGAAAAUAGUAGUUUAUCACAGGUAACACCUGCUUCAGGCUCGACCUAUGCUGGCGUAACAAGAGUCACAACUCUGAAAACACCAACCGAAUCUGGGUCUGUUACGCUGAAAAAGAACCAGCCCAGCAUAAGGAACCAGCGCGGUGCCAAGCAACUUGUACAGCAAGAAUCUGUCAGGUUCCAAGACGUGCUGCAGAACAAGCAAUUUCAGCAAAACCCAUUUGCUGCUCUCAAAGAGGUAAUUAAAAUGCAAAAAAACUAA